AUGCAUGACCAAAUUGAUUGUUUCGAAGAAUAUGUUUCCAAUCAUUCAAUAACAGAUUUAUUAAUGUUUUGCAGAUUUGAAUUCUCCCUAUUGGAGCGAUUAUCAUUACUUGAAACUUGUUGUUAUUUUGGAUCUGUUAACAUUUUCUUUUUCCUCAUUUCAAACGCCGAAUGUGCAAUUACAGAAAAAUGUCUUAAAGCUUCUAUUUUUGGAGGAAACAUUGACAUUAUAAAUGAAUGCCUGAAGAAACAGCAAAUAGAUAAAUAUUGCGUGAAUUCUAGUAUUGUAUCACACAACAAUCAAUUCUUUGAAUAUAUUCUAGAAAAUGUUAUGUUUACCUCUAAUUUUAAAGUUGAAUCAACUUACUGUAGUGACGAUGAUUACUCUGAUAAUAUUGUAUAUAUAGAUCAUUUUGAUUUUGAAGAUUAUUUUGAUCAUGAAUGUAUCAUUGAAUCACAAAAUUUAAAUGCAGUAUUUCUUCUGUACAUGAAAGAUAAAAAUUUAAUUUUUCCAUGGUGUGCUGCAUUUCCUCAGUCACUUGAUAUCAUCAAGAAGGAAUCUAUGAAUAAUUCUUAUCUAGUUUUAGAUUUACAAUUUCUUCAUUAUGCAAUAAAUUAUGGAUGUAUUGAAACUGUAAAGUUUGCAUUUUCACAAAAUGAAGGUAAAAUCCCAGAAUACAUAAAUCUUGAUUCACUUCUGUUUUAUGCAGUAGAAAAAAACAGUAAAGAAAUUGCAGAAUUUCUUCUUUCUCAUGGUGCAGAUAAAGAUACUCACGAUAAUUUUGGAUCAACUCCCCUUUAUGUAGCAUUAAUUAAUAAUAGUUUCGAGACUGCCGAGAUUCUUAUCUCAAAUGGUGAAAAUAUCAACAUUUUGAUAUAUUAUUAUGGGGAAACUACUCUCCAUUAUGCUUUAGACAAAAAUGUCAAAAAAUCGCUAAACUUAUUGUUUAGCAUGGUGCAGAUAUCAACAUUCAAGAUAAAUUUGGGAAAACAGCUCUUCAUUAUGCAGCAGAAAAAUGUAAUGAUAAAGAAAUUUUGGAAUUUAUUAUUUCACAUGGUGCAGAUAUCAGCAUUAUAG